CAAAAAACAAGCAAUAUUCAAAUAACUUGAAAUUUGUCAUACAUUUUCAGAAGUUUCAAAAGAAUUCAAACUUUCAGACAAAAGAACUAGAAAUGACUUUGUUGAGAACUCUAUUCGGUGCAAAGAAGAUUCUUGGCCGCUCUGUCGCAGCUGCUUCUACGAGUCAAAGAGCAGCCUUGUCGGCACCAAAAGGGUUUCUUGCGGUGUACGUAGGAGAGGGGCAGAAGAAGAGAUACGUGGUGCCAGUCUCAUACUUGAGCCAGCCUUCGUUUCAAGCUCUUCUCAGCAAAUCUGAAGAAGAGUUUGGGUUCCAUCAUCCAAUGGGUGGCUUAACGAUCCCUUGUCCUGAAGAUACCUUCAUCACUGUGACGUCUCAGCUCCAAUGAUGAAUAUCCAAAAUAUACUUCUUCGAGUUAGAGAUAGACUUGUUCCUUGUAAAUAGAGGAGAUUGUUUUUCCUCUUUCUUCUUGAAAGAGUUGUUCUACAAGUUUUGAAAGUGGAUACCAUUUUUAUGUUAUAGACAAAAUAAUGAUUCAUGUUAAAUUAAUACAUGUUGGCUCGA